AUGAAUCCAAUUGAUACUAACCAUAUCCUCAACAACAACAAUAACAAUCUAGACCUAUUUUCACAAUGUACUAGAAAAUUUUGUGGUCAAAUAUCUAAUACAAGUUUAUGUACAUCAUGUUCAUGGGGAUCAAAAGUAUUUUAUAAAUACAAUAAUCCAUAUAAUCAUAUAUGUGAAUUAUGUUUAACAUCAUUCACACUAUACAAUUGGUUAUAUAUUGGAUUUAUAAUGAUUUUACCUAUUCUAUUUUUAUUACAAAUUUUACCAAUAUUAUCAUUAACAAAAAUUGAUUUGAAACAUUUAGAACAAUCGAUUACUACUACUACUACUAAUAGUAGUAGUAUCAGUAGUAUUAAUACUACUACAACUACUACUCAUCAAAUGAGUAUUACUCAAAAAUCAUGGUUAUUAUUUCUAUGUUGUAUUAGUAUUCAUUUAUUCACAAGUUUAAUCAUUAUAUUAUUAUAUCCUCCAUUAGGUAGUUUUACAUUAUAUCAUUGUCCUAUAGAUAAUAUUAAAGAAUUUUAUCCUAUUCUAUAUGCUGGAUCAGGAUGUAUAUCAGAAGUGAAUUAUCCAUUGACUUCAUUACCUAUUCUAUAUUAUAUCAUUAAUGUCAUCAUUAGUUUAUUGAUUUAUUCAUUAGUAAUUAUGAUUGUAUUUAAGGAUUAUCAUUGGUUUCAUUAUCUUUAUUAUAUAUUAUAUGCUUAUCCAAUAAUGUGUAUGAGUAUUAUUCUAUUUGGUGGAAUAUUAUAUUAUAUAUAUCCUUAUGUGAUAUUAUUCUAUAGUAUAUUUGAUUCAUUAUAUCGAUUUCCAUUAAUAUUUGAUUAUUGUAUAGAUAAUAUAGACGGUAUCCUACGUCCUAUAUGUAAUCCAUAUAAACUUAUUAAGACUAUUCUAUAUAAACCAGAACAAUAUCUACUUAUUAUAAUCAUGAAUUCAUUCUAUAUUGGAUAUGCUUUAUUAGCAUUAAAUAUAACCAUCUAUUAUUGGUAUAUAAGUUUAAUGAGUUUACCAUUUAUAUUUUAUCUGAUAACAUUACCAUUAACUCAUCCAUUUCAUUAUGAUGAUUGUCAACAAACAUUGAAUAGAAUGUGUCAUAUUUCAUUUUUGAAUAAUAAAGAAGAAGAAGAAGAAGAAGAAACAAAGUGA